CUCGGAGAAACAAUGAUGCGAUGCCUAUGGCACGGACCAUCUUGGGGACCUUCAAUCCAGCCAAUUCCAGCUUUGGCUGGGGCAGUGGCAGCCCAGGUGCCAACAGCAGCAGCAGCAACAGCGAUAGCGACUCUGAGCACGUCGCCAAUUCUUACGCGACUCGACUUCGUCCGCGUCCUCGCCCGCCCACGAUCCCCGUUACGCCCACGAAGACUCCGAGAAAAGGCGCUGCCAAAACCCCGCGCACGCCAGGAAACCUCGCGCACAACGACAACUUGACGGACACUCCCAGCGGUGCUUAGAAAGCUUCGCGCGCCGGCAAAAUGUCGACCCAGACGGGCAAGUUCCGCGAGGACCAGGUCCUCAUCAUCUGUCCCGGCAGCAAGACCACCAUGGCCCAGCUGGGAUGCGGCGAGCUUACCCCGCCCGUCCACCGUAUCCCGACACGCAUGUUCAAGGACGCCGAGACGGACGAGUGGCGGCCCUUCCACACCUUCAAGCGCAAGAAGGCCAAUGCUAACGUCGCGCUUGCCAUCGAUGGCCCGCGGACCGACGAUGAUGAGUACGAGUGGGUUGAGGAUACCGACUCAGAUGAAGGCGCUGUCUACCCCAUGCAAGGCGGUCGCAUCAUUAACAUGGAGGCGUUCCUGGCGUUCCUCGAUCAUGUUCACAGCAUGCUCACCACCACCUACCACAAUACCCCAAUCAUGCUCAUGGCCUCGCCUCAAUGGUGCCGCCCCGAUACCGAGACGAUCGCGCGCUACAUCUUCGAAAAGACUCGCACUCCUUCCCUCUGCAUGAUCCACAGCGGUAUCGCAACCCAGUACGGCCUCAAGUGGCCCAGUCUCACCGUGGUGGACAUUGGUUACGAGAAGGUCGACGUCACAUGUAUACACGACGGCCGUGUGGUUAAUCAUGGAGAGCUCGGUUCCCCGACCCCGGAGCGCUUCAUCUCGGGCGGAGACAUGUUCACGCGCAAGCUCCUUGAGAAGCUCAAGGACAAGGACUUCAAGUACGACAUGGCGGAGCAGCUGAAGAAGAGCCACAUCUGUGAGGUGCUGCCAUAUGCGCCAAACAGCUCUAUCCUCAUGGACCUCCCCACAGCUCAGACGGCAGGAGCUCCUCCCAGCGCACUCAUUACCGAGGCGGCUCCUUCCGCCGCGCCGACUGCGCAACCGGUCGUCCCUGCCGCCGAGGAGGACAUUGAGGAGAAGGCGGCUGAGGAGGGUGUUCUCGAUGUGGCGUCCAUUGUCACGAGCGGAAAUGCGCGCGAGUUCCUCGCCAAGAAGGAGAAGGAGAAGCAAAAGGGUGGCAGGAAGGCCAAGGCUACCCAGGAAGCCGAGGCUGCGAAGCCAGUUCGUCUGCCCAACUCCAAGAGAACUCACAACACCUUCCACUUCGAAGAGGUCGUGAUGGAGGAGGUUCAGCCGCCCAAGUCAGAGACCAAGGAGGAGCCCAAGAAGGAAGAGGCAGGAAAUGCGACCGAGUCCAAGGACGUUGAGAUGACGGAUGGCACCAAGCCCGCCGACGUCACAGCUCCUACGACCACCGAGGGCGACGUCAAGCCCGCAGAGUCUUCGGCUCCUGCAGCGCCGACAGGUGCUGCAGUUCCAGCUGCUGCCCCAGUCACUGCCCCCGAAACGAAUGGUACAAACGGCCAUUCCGCCACGAUCCCUGCAGAGGCUACCACCAACGGUACCCCUCAGAUGCAAGCCAAGCGCAUCCGUCGCGACAUUGAGGUCGGCCUCGAGCGCUUCACCUUUGCUGACCGUGGCGAGAUCGACCGCAUCGUGACCACAAUCUACCGCACUGUUCAAGGCAUCGACGAUAUGUACAUGCGUCCUCCGUGCUGGGACAACCUCGUCUUCGUCGGCAAUGGCGCACGUCUCCGCGGUCUGAAGGACAACAUUGUCCAGACACUGCUGGCCCGCCACCUCAUCUCCCCCAGCACGGCUACAAUGUUCACCUCUGAACUGCCGUCCAACAUCGCGACCCCCACCGGUACCGGCGCGCAGACUCCUACGGGCUCUUUCACAGGUGCCCCGCACCAGCUCCCUGCCAACGCUGCCGCCGGCUCCUCAGGCGUUAACCCCCUGCUUCAGGCCGCGACCACAGCUUCCGCUCAGAACCAGGGCACUCCGGGUCCUAGUGGCGACGCGGGUCCCAACGGCACUCACUCCGUCGCGGGCCAUCAUUUCCACAGCCAGACGCCCACUAGCAUCAAGCUGGCGACGCUGCCCACCUACCUCAGCGAGUGGAACAAGAACGGCUUCGAGGAGGCCAUGUUCCUGGGAGCGCAGGUUGCCGCGCGCAUCGCCUUCUGCCAGCACAACCUCGAUAUGGCCGGUCUCGAGGCUCAGCGUCAAGCUAGCCUGAGCAGAGUCGACUACAAUGAGCUUGGCCCCAAGGGUAUCCGCACUCACUCCAUGCUCAAGUAGUUCCAAGCUUUUGGCCCGCGCGAAGUCGGGGACGACUGGGUUCUUGUUUCAUCAAGUCCUUCAGGGGGGGUUGGAUUACCUUCCUGGACGACUACGGCGGCAACAGCGCAGGCAUGGGAAUUAUAUCUGGUUGUGACAUUGACAGUCUCAAAGGUCAUUGUUCACUGUUUUACUGUGGCAAGGCUGCACACAUUGUGUUCUGGAGUUUUAGGGACAUAUCAAAAAACCUCGGGGUGUGAGGCGUGGGGGAUGCUUUUUUAUUGCGUUUUCUUGUUGCUUGAUAAUGAAGAAGUGGAACGGAUACCAGCAGAGAGAGUGAGAGAGAUUUGUGGUCUCGGGAUGGACAUGGCUGCGAGCGAGCCUGCGAAGAUCUCCUUUUGGCCCCUCGUCUAGGAUUUUCUCUCGUCUGUGAUAUGACGAGUUUGGCAGCCCAACCUGUAUGAUACUCGGGAAAGGAUAGGUAUAGAAUCCUUCAGACUUUG